AUGGAGGCGUCCACCCACGGUUCGUGCUCCGGCUCCGGUUUCGGCAUCGACUCCCUGCUGUCCCACAGACCCGGCAGUCCGGUGGUGGUCGUGCCCAAAGCAGAUGGAGGCUUGUCAGUGGAAUGCAGGUCUCCAGACUUCAGCACUGCGUCGGACGUGGACAGUAUCUGCUCGUCCCCGCCGUCCCCGAGGCGAGAGGAUCACGAGGAACAAGACGCGCACGAACUGAGGCGAGGCCGCGCAGUCGCGCUACCGUCCCACACGCACCACGGCCCGGUGUCCGCCGCAGCCCAGCCCCGCACCGUCACCUCAUCCUUCCUUAUCAGAGACAUACUGGCGGACUGUAAACCACUAGCCGCCUGCGCACCGUAUUCCAGUAACGGUCAGCCGGCCCACGAAGCGAGCAGGCUCGCAGCCAAAGUGGCGGACGAAUUCAUCGAGAAAAUCCACAGCAGCUCGUCGUCAGAUGGAGAAUAUAACAAAGUAAAAGAAGAAGGUGACAGGGAGAUCUCCAGCAGCAGAGACAGUCCUCAGGUCAGACUGAAGAAACCGCGUAAAGCCCGAACCGCCUUCACCGAUCAUCAGCUCGCCCAACUGGAGCGCAGUUUUGAGCGCCAGAAGUACCUGAGCGUUCAGGACCGGAUGGAGCUCGCAGCUUCCCUCAACCUGACCGACACCCAGGUGAAGACCUGGUACCAGAACCGGAGGACGAAGUGGAAGAGGCAGACGGCGGUGGGACUGGAACUGUUAGCGGAAGCCGGGAACUACUCGGCCCUACAGAGGAUGUUCCCUUCGCCGUAUUUCUACCCGCAGAGUCUCAUGUCGGGUCUGGACCCCGGAGCGGCCGCUCUGUCCUACCUGUACCGGGGCUCCGGCGCUCCUCCCCCCGCCGCUCCAGCAGCUCUGCAGCGGCCGCCGCUCGUUCCGCGGAUCCUCCUGCACGGGCUGCAGUGUGGGCACGACCCUCCUCCGCUUCUUCCGCCACUGCCCGGGGUGGUACUGCCCAGACCGACCCCACCGCGAUGAGGAGCCCUCCUCGGACUUUUGCUUUCACACACACACACACACACACACACACACACACACACACACACACACACACACACACACACACACACACACACACACACACUCACUACGUGGCAGCUCUGGACUUGAACCUUAAUGGUGACUAAAUGAUGAAGAGAAUAUAUUAUAUUGUAAAGCCACUAUAUAUACUUCUUUUUACAAGAAGAAUUAAACA